CAAGGCAAAGUAUAAAGUUAAAGUCACAAUCGGAGAAUGGUCGUGUUUCGCCUGUAUUGACGUCGUUCAUCAUCAAACAACUGUUAAUAUUUCUGUUCUUCCACAGAACCAAGGAAAGAAUUUGUGUCCAACAUGAGGCUUUACCUUGUCGCCGCCGUUCUUGCGGCAAGCUCGCCUGUGCCUCUGGAGGGCGCACACUCGCCACAGACGGCGUUGUCCCGUACCAGCUCCUGUGGCGCUGGGCAGUGUCGGGCCCACGGCGACCGUAGUGUCUUCGAUGACUCGGAUUUGGAUGAUCUGGAACAGAUGAUGCACAGUGGCGCUGCAGCAGCCGGCGGCAGCGCGUCCGGCCCGGGGGCGCUUUCCAGCAUGGCGGCCAACCUGCAACAGAGAAACUUGCUUCACGACUUGCGGGAAAAAGUGCAGCACAACAAAGCAGGUGCGACCAGUGCCUCUACUUCCGCCGCGCGAGGUGAAGGUCGGGGCUCGUUUCUGAAAACGUGCUCUGGUGGGGUCAAGUCUUGUCCGCGACGGACGCGCAAAACUUGUCCUCAGCGGCUCCAGCAGCUGCCGCUCGUGGGCGGCAGAAUUGCUUCUGCUGGUGCGGGGGCCCCGGGCGUAGAAGAAACAGAAGAGGAUGCUGACGUGGAGAGUUUCGACGAUUUGCAGAAGUCCUGCAGUUCGCGCUCAGCGGGCUCUGCAUCCGGUGCCUCUCCGUUCAAGAAAAAGCUUUCCACCCGCAGCGGCGGCGGAGGCGGCAACUAUACUGGCGCCCCCACUCUGGUGUUCAGUCGGCAACAUUCCGAGCGCCCCUCUUUACUCCUCGACCAGAUGGAAAUGAGUGCCAAAAAUGGAAGAGCCGCAAGGGGAGUGUUGUUUUCACCCGCUGUUGCUACUGUGGGGCAGGAGCCGCGCAACGGGACAUCCAUUACAGGAACCCCAUUGGAAGUAUCAUCCACCACAGCGGGCAGCAGCAGCAACAGCAACCUGUCUGCGCUCGACCGGGAAGAGCUGGAGUGGGCGGCGGCCAACGCCGCACCCAGGUGGCCGGUUAGCUUGCACUUUUCGUCCACCACGACAGACUCCAACUGCUCUCCCCUGCAGGACGGCGGGCGGAGAAGCAAGUGCUUUCCGAGUCACGCUGCUGGCAAAUACGGAGCUCGUGGGGGCCAACAGCAAUUUCGCUGCUGGCCUCUGUCGAAGCUUUUCCCGGCGUCGAUGGGUGGACGUGGUUUGCGGUACGCUGCCGUCGUGAAGCACGCUGGCAAACAAGGUCGCGGUAGCACUCCUUUGGCGCGCCGGAGUAGCAGUGCUUCCUCUGGGGGGAGCAAAAAGCCUUCAGGCGCACUGGCGACACGCCGGCCCGGGCGCUUUGGUUCGCGACGGACCAAAGGUAUCUACAGAUACACUACCAGCAAUCCUAAUUCUUAUUUUUUUAUCACUUAUUUCUUGUCGUGUUGAUUUUGCAUACUGAACAAGGCACCAGAACCAGUUUAUCCGUAGUACUAACUAUUCAAUGACUUAGCUGCUCAUCUCUAUUUCAGGCAGUGCAGCUCGGGUUAUCGGUGCUACAGCUGUCUGUGGCCUGUGCGUCGCGGGUAUGGUUGUGCCCCGGAAAGAAGGCCUACUCCGGGACGUAUUCGACAUGCAGAAGCUCCGCAGCGCCCUUCCAGAACUGGCCAAUCACGCGGGGAAAACUGUGCGUGAAGAAUGCAAUCGGUUGGUCGACAAUGUCAAGACGCAGAUCUCGCAGCAGGGACAGCUACUCUUAGGCUCCAGGGACGAAGCUGGUUCAAAAGCGGAAGCCUUUUCAACAUCAGCCGCGCCAACGCAGCAAUUGGUUGACGAGGCGGAAGACGAUCAGUGCUGCGCAGCCCACGAUCUGCCAGGGGGACCCCACAACUCCGCCUUCCUUCUGCGCAUGAAGCAAAAUCGGCAGAAAAAUGGGGCGCAGCUCACUGGUGCGGGUGAAGAUGCAAAAGUACUUCGUAGUCCCGCGCCGGAGUUGGGCGGCGAGGUUUGUCGACCCGUGCAACAAGAGGGGCAGUCUUUUACCAGCAACAUUAGUGUCCGUCUCGCACCUGCUGUUUGUGCAUUCGUUCUCGGUGGUCUGACCGAACAGCGAAUGGCAAGGCGGAACCAGCGCCGUCGCGCGCUGCACUACGGAUCUAGGGCGAUAGCUACACGAAUGGCACAAGCUGGGGACGACCAGAGCAGAGCAGGGGAAAAGAAAGACGACGAGCCGGGCGAUCAAGAAGAAAGUCAAAGUAAUCUUUCCACCCUGAACAAGAAGAGACCGUCGGUGCGCUCGCGUUUGGGAAGAUCGCUUCGCAGGCUGGUUGGCCAGUACCUGCGUCGCACAGGGACGGACUCCAAGAACUUUAUGGAGAGAGACGCUGCGUCUGCUUCUCCAAUGGAAACCGGAGCCUCUUCGCCCGCAGAAGACCUGGUUGGUUCAGACAGGGGCGAGGACGGCUGCAAAGUGGCGUACCCGCAGAGCAAGGAAGACCCGGAAGCGGUCGCGCGAUACAAGGCCAAGAAACAGAAAGACGAGAAGAGCGAGCUGCCUGGUUCAUCUUCAUCUUCUUCCGGCGGCACCACCAGCAGCUCGUCGAAUCAUGCUGCACAGGAACAGGAUUUUCUGAGCAGCUACCGCGGCAAAUCGACCAAUGUCGGCCCGUGGCUGGACGCGCACUUUGGCGCCGUUACUUCCUACUCCUCAGCAGCUGCGAUGGAUACUGGAGCUCAGGAUUACGUUCUGGGUGGCGUAGACAGCUUCAGCCCGUCAACGGCACGAACAAAGGGAGUAGCCAAGCAAUCCUCGUCGAGUACUCAAGCCGCUACCGCACCAGGACCACCAACGCCGUCUACAAGCGCGACUACAUCGGCGUCUCUGGCGAGUGCUAGCUCGUCAGCACUUGCUGGCGGUACCUCCACACCCGGCAGCAACUCCUCGGGGUCGAGCUCGGCCAUGAGUGCCGCCACAGACGAUGAAACCGAUCCCGAUCCAACGGGUAGAAGUUCUGGCGGAAUCUCUAACUACAAGGCGACCACCAGCACCCCGACCUCCACCUCGUCCGAACAAGUCAAUUAUAGCGAUGCAUCUUCCACCACAAAAAUGCCGGAGCGGAAGGCACCCGUCGCGAAGAAGCCCUACCAGUCCUCUGUGUCUGACAAGGACAUCGUAGAAACCUUCAUGAGGAUGAACGAGGGCAAGAGUAGUUGCAAGGACGGCUAUUGCGACCUAGUACAGCAGGAACAACAAGCUGCUCCGGAGCAGCAGAAGAGAAACGACGAAAAGGAGUCCAUCGGGCAGCGAAUCAAGGAGAAGGUGAAGGAGGAGCUGGGUUUUGCUAAAACCGACUUGCAACAGCUGCUCCGGGGUUUCGUCGAGGGGUCCGGCCUGGACAUCGCGGAAGAGACCGUGAAGGAGAUCGAGCUGGAGGCGGAGACGCUGAAGAAGGCGAAGCAACAUUUUCAGCAAGCUGAGCAAGCGUUCGGGCAGGGAAAUCCUUUGGGGUUUUUAGACCAAAUGGGCGACAUGCUGGCCCUACUGGGGCAGGUGUUCGAGAAAGUGCCGGCCACGCUUGGCGAGUUAAAGCAGGAGGAGCAGACCAUUCGCGACGUUUUGAAGAACCCAAUGAUGUUCCCUACUAGGACGGCCGAGCGGUUGUUCCGCAAUUUCGGUGAGAUCGCAGAGGAUUGGAAAUCGGCAUUCCAAGCGUUCCGGGCGAAAAACUACUUCGAAUGUGGCAAGGAGCUGGGGGCGAUUGUUAAGGUAAGUAGUACGACGUUCCCCCGUUGGACCUGUUUUAUCCUCUUUUGGAUCAUGACCAUUUUUGCGUAGAGCAUUAUAACGAAAAACGAAAAAUGUUCUUGACAACUCUCAGGUUCAGCUAGCAUGAAGACAUCUUCAUGGUAGUCCUUGACAUCAAACCUAGACUUUGCACUCCGACGCACGUUGGCGACUUUUUGAAUAACGUUCUGACUAUCACUGCGAGUAGUGCUUGUCGGUGAAAAUUUGUAAUACGCCAAAAAACCACUACAGCUUGUGCUGGAGAAAAAGCACGACCGGUCAGACCCCAACCACGAUCUGCAGCAGCUCCUUCUUUUCUCUCCGUCGAAGCCCUCCCCGCAGGAACGCGCGCAACUGAUCAAGGGUCUACUGGAGGGCAUGGGGUUCCACACCACGGAUGAGUUUUUCGUGGACACCAACACCGAAACGCAGGACUUGUUCAACUAUGGAAGCGUCAGGUUUGAAAUCGUCAAAGUUGAAAUAAUUUGCAAUGCAUAAAAUGCGAUACAAAGUCAAAGAGUGACUCUAUUGCAGAGGACCCAAGGGAGGCAGAUUAUAGUCCUGGUAAGGGUCAAAAGUUGGACUGCUAACUAGCAUGACAGAAGGCAGCUCUUUGCCCUAAACCGCGUGACAGACUCGCUUCCAGGACCGGGAAAAUUUGCCAUGCGCCGACUACAAACUGUAGGUCUAACUGGUAUCCAUUUUAUGCAUGACAAACUAUUUCUAUUUCAACUUUGACGAUUUCAAACCUGACACAUCCAUAUCAACGCAGUGGUGGUCAUCGCGCGAGCGAUCAGCUGGAGGAACGUAACGCUGCUCGGCCAGGGCUUGGAGAAGCUGGGAAAGUCGCUGCAAAACUUGCCGCAUUUGUACUAUUUGCUACAGAAAUCAGAGCAGGAGACCACGCAGAUCGAAAAAAGCUUGCAGUGGCUGGCAGAUGAUCGACGUGACCCGAAAGAAAUCGCGCAAAAGCUGAGUACUUUUGAUUUUUUGUUUUGUUUUACAACGUGCCGUUCAUCAAGCAUGAAAUUCGUUCCUGUUCCUGUAUAACGUAUAUCUAAGUUAAAGUUUGCUAUUUUGUUUCGAGGGUCCGGGGCAGCCGCAGCACCAGCACAUGACAUCACCGAGCUGGAGCUUUAGUUUUGACUACAUGUAGAAGCUCCAUUGCUAUUUUCUAGAGUCAUCGAGUUCCACUUCAGCUGUUGCUGAGGCAGAAGACGUCGGGCGCAAUAAAUUACAAAAAAAAAAUCUAACUUAUUGCACUUGUUCUAUGUUUUUCCUGCAGGUGCGCACCUGUACGCCCAAGGAGAUGACGUCUUGAAGAACAUGGAGUCUUCCUUUGACGCCUGGAAAAGCAAAGACAUCUACACCUUUGGGCUCUCACUCGGGAAGAUUCUUGCGGAUUUAGUGGAUGAGCCGGAGCAGCCGAAGCCCUCGAGUCCAGACACUGUGAAGCCUGCGACGCCGACGGGAAAGAACUGAAAUGUGUCGAAUACUGUCGUCAAGAACUGGCUUGGGCUAGGGUUUCGCUUUUCGCUUUCGGUUCUAACAUUAUAGUUGCAUAUGGAGCGAUAGCUACCAACUCUUCCUCGCGAUACCAGCAUGAGCAACCUGAACCUCAUAUCAUGAUCAUGAACUACAUCAUAACUUUUGUUUUAUUUUCUUUUUGCAGAAAUGAUCAAUUUCAAUUUGUAUUUGAAUGUAGUUGCAAUUCGUCGCACUGCUCUGGUUGCUUCGGGGGCGGAUGACGUUUUUUCAGUCCAGCAAAGAUACGCCUAAUAUUGUUGGUUGCACUUGCAUUGAUUUGUUGCGGUAUGAUGCUUCGUUGUGCAGAAUGAGGAGCAUAGAAAAUAAACUUAAAGACCAUUUUGAUCGUCUUUUUAGCUUUUGCUCUUUGGUAUGUUCGUGUUUACGUUUAGCCUAUUGCUUUCGCUUCUCCGGUGAUACAGAACCGGAUGAGAUCGCUUUAGACUCUUUUAUCACUCUCUUCGUUUGCUACAAAUCAAAGACAAAAAAGUAAAAGUGGCCUCCUCUAGAGAAUACAGCUUAUAUUUUUUGAAUGAUUGUUGGCUUCGUUUGUAAGGGAAAUUUUGCAAACAUAGAUUUUGAAUUUCGAUCCUUCUUUCUGUGGUCUGUUUUCGCAUCGUCACACAGGCGGGUUGUUAUGUUCUUUAUCCAGACUAACGUUGCAACGUCAUCAUCUUGCUACGAAUACAGAUAAAAAGACGUAGAACCCCCUGUCAGUCUAUUCUGGUUGGUGAUUUGAUGAAAGUUGCCUUGUAGCUAUAGCUAAACCUAAACCGCGCGAACGAAGAAGUUGCACGCGUCUACUAGUGGGUGCGUCUGUUCAGUACUUACGUUGAAUGGAGACUUUCACACUUCGUACGUUGACAUCCGCUUUUUGUGUUUGUUUUCGUCCUGACCCACUGGGUAACACGAUGAAGGUAUGAGUCGGUGAGUGAGGGAACCAAAAAAUCGGUUUUGAGUGAAGUUGCAACGUUCAAUAGCAGAAGUAAAUUACUAGAUGAAAAACAUCGGUUUUUUGAGCGAUAGUUUGACACUCGGUUCUCGUUCAUGCAGUCAAUUUAGCGCCAUUUACUACAAACAAUCAACAUGGAAGACGAGGAAAGCGACACCACCUCGUCCCGUGACUAUUGUAGUUACCGCGAUAAAUAAAGUUUAAAGCCACGACGACGACUCAUGAUUCGCAAUGACAGCAUGAACAUCUGCAUACGAACAACAGCU